AUGAGCUGGAGUUUCCUUACACGACUGUUGGACGAGAUCUCCAACCACUCAACCUUUGUGGGCAAGAUCUGGCUCACGCUGUUAAUCGUUUUCCGCAUCGUUCUGACAGCCGUUGGGGGAGAGUCCAUAUACUAUGAUGAACAGAGUAAAUUCGUUUGUAAUACACAGCAACCUGGGUGUGAGAACGUUUGCUAUGACGCCUUCGCCCCUCUAUCUCACGUCCGGUUCUGGGUCUUCCAGGUGAUCAUGAUCACCACGCCAACCAUCAUGUACCUAGGUUUUGCCAUGCACAAGAUUGCACGUAUGGAAGACGACGAGUAUAGGCCACGGACGCGGAAGCGAAUGCCCAUGGUCAACCGCGGGGCUAACCGUGACUACGAAGAGGCAGAGAACAAUGGGGAGGAAGAUCCAAUGAUCUCAGAGGAGAUUGUUCCAGAGAAGGAAAAGGAGCCGGAGAAGCCCAGCAAGAAGCACGACGGUCGCCGACGUAUCAAGCGGGAUGGGCUGAUGAAGGUGUAUGUUUUGCAGCUGCUCUCACGCGCGGCCUUCGAAGCGUCCUUCCUGUUUGGCCAGUACAUCUUGUACGGCUUUGAGGUGGCGCCUUCGUACGUCUGCACUCGCAGCCCUUGCCCCCACACCGUCGACUGCUUCGUGUCGCGCCCCACCGAAAAAACCAUCUUUCUUUUAAUCAUGUAUGCGGUGAGCGCCCUCUGCCUUCUAUUCACCGUUCUGGAAAUCCUUCACCUGGGCAUCAGCGGCAUUCGCGACGUCUUCCUCAGACGCUCCGCACGGCAUCAAGCCGCCAUUAACAGGGCGCGCGCCGCAUGUCGACAGGUGCCCUCUGCCCCGCCCGGGUACCACACCGCGCUGAAAAAGGACAACAUGGGCAAGAUGGCCAUGGGCAUCAAACCGGAGUACAACCUGGGAGACUCUGGCCGCGAGUCCUUCGCAGACGAGGCAGCGUCUAGAGAACUGGACCGGCUGCGCAGGCACCUGAAACUGGCUCAGCAGCACCUGGACCUGGCCUACCAAAAUGGGGAUAGCAGCCCGUCACGCAGCAGCAGCCCAGAGUCUAAUGGUACCGCCGUUGAACAGAACAGACUCAACUUUGCCCAGGAGAAACAGGGAGGCACCUGUGAAAAGGGAAUCAGAGCAUGAGGAUCAGUCCUGAACUACAGUCUGCUUCAUCUUCAGUC